AUGACGGAUACGAUCAGAGACAGCAUGGGGGGUCAACCCAUGCCGACAGGCUCCGUUACAGAGACGAUCAGAGAUGACAUGAGCGGAAUUCCUCCACCAACCAGCUCUGAUACCAACGGCAUGAACUCUACGUCCAGCACGGGGACAAAUUCGCUGGCUACGGAGCGAACGAGUUUGAUGAGCUCUGAAACUACAAGCUCGGUGGCUACAGAAACGAUCAGAGAUGACAUGAGCGGAGUCCCUCUACCGACCCACUCUCAUACCAACGGCAUAAACUCGACGUCCAUGACGAUGACACAUUCGGUGGCUACAGAGGUCGCCAGUUUGAUGAGCUCUUCACCUUCAAGCAUGGAUACCGAGCCAUCCACAACUAUUACAAUACCACUAACAGCCACAAGCACUCGCACCUUCAUAGUAACGGUAACACUACCGCGUGUUCGCUUCAAUGUCGGAUAUCCUCCUCGGCUCGAGCACGAGGACCACGCACGGGAUUAUGACGAGCGACACUGGUUCGAGCACGAUGCUCGCGACCACGAGUCCCUCGCGAACCACCACGCGAUUGAGCAACGUACCGGCGGAAACGGGGAUGCCGGGUUUGAUAACUCCUUCGACCCGGCCAACUCGGUCGAGCACACUCCCGACCAGUGGGACCGGCCCGUCACUUUCAACUCCCAUCCCCAGCGUAAGCGGUACAGGCGGCCCAACAGGCGUCUUCGCUUCAAUGUCCGAUAUCCUCCUCGGUUUGAGUACGCGUACAACUCGCAGAAUUACGACGGGCAACACUGGUUCGAGCACGAUGCCCGCGAGCACGAGCCGGUCAAGAACCAUGAGGCGAGUGAGCAGCGUACCGGCGGUGACGGGAAUGCCGGAUUUGAUAACUCCUUCGACCCGGCCAACUCGGUUGAGCACACGCCCGAUCACCUGAGCAACGCCCCAGCGAGCACAAACCUACCCGGCAUCAUUUUUGCCUCUCCAUCACGCUCAUCGCGCACUCUUGCCAACACGAGCACGCCGCCAGUGACGAGUAUCACCGCCUCCCCUAAUACCUCUAGCUCACCCACACAGGAUAUUCUCCCAUCGCCACCCACACCUGCCCCCCGCAGCAGCAGUAGCAUCAUCACACUUACGCGGCUGUUCCCGCCGCUCCCCCACCCGUCAACUACACCCAUCAUCCCCGCAACCAGCAGCACCUCAACCAAAUCCUACAAAACGCUCUGGCUACCUCCCAUCACGCCCCCAAUAACGCAUGCGCACAUACCGACAUACCCAUUCCCGGCCACCACCCCGACCACCACUCCCACCCCCAGCAGCAGCAGCAGCAGCCCGGCGGGGCGUGUCAGUGGCAACAGCGCCUCCUCCGAAACCAGCAGCGGCAGCUCGGCCGCGAAGGAAAAGUACCACACGUCGAAGAACCUUGCGGUAGGGCUUACGUUCUGUGGCGUCUUCUUCGCAGUCGCAGCGGGGCUAUACUUCGUGUACAGGCACCGGAAGGGGGUGAUGGUAAAUGUGCGGUCUUACAAACAGCGGGCGCAGGCGCUGGGGUAUAAGAGGCGAAGGAAUUUUGAGGACGCGCGGCUCGAGGCGCAGGAUCUCGAGGAGCAGGGGCGCAGGGCAGAGGAUGUCGAGGAGGAGAGACGGCACUCGGAGAUGCGGGAGCGCUAUGCCGACGAUAUCGACCUGCGCGAAAUUGCUAUCGACUGGGGAUCCACGACAGGCGUCGAGGAUGAGGAUGAGGUCCGGGAGAGGGAGAGGAGGGAGAGGGACUGGAGGCAGCGGGAGGCUAGGAGACGCGAUGAAGAGGUGGUAGAAAACCUGCGCAGCUUUGUGCCUGGGUUCUAUACGAGGAGGGAGUUUAGGGGGGAUUCGAGACGGUCUAGUAGGCCGAGCAGUGGUGAGAGUCAGGGCUCGUCGAGGAUGGUAGCACCAAAUAUCCCCGCCACCCACGGGCACCUCCUCCGAGACCGAGCCACGAUUAAGGCACCGGACAGGCUUUCCCCAAGCUUCGUCCAGCGGAAGAGGGCCCGUGGCGCGAAGAAGCACAAGAUCCGGGGCGUGAAGAAAGCCGCCGCCGCCACCACUGCCACCGCCGCCACCACUACCACCGCCGCCAAGGGUCGAUCCAAGAACCCACCCAAGGCCAUCAAGUACUGGAUGGUCCUCUCUCCCGCUGGCGGGAGGAUUAUCAUCCAGGUCGCCAAGGGUCGCCCCAAGAGGCCGUCUAAGUCGAUCAAAUACCGGAUGGUUCUCUCUCCUCCUGGCGGGAGGAGAAUCAUCCAGGUCGCCAAGGGUGCGGAGGUGCCUGCGAACGCGAUCUCGGUCGUGAUCAUGGUCCAGACCUCCCACCGAUUCUUGGACUGGCCCGAGGUGGCGAGACUGAAGGGAAAGGAGGAGGUGGAGGGGGAGGUGGAGGGGGAGGUGGAGUGGGAGGAAUAG